ACAGAUGGCAUCAAGUGAUUUUGAACCCCUUGCACUACCAGAACCAACAUAUGGUAUGGGUUUAGAACCAAUUGUUGGAGCAAACAUAUGUCAACAUUCGGACUUAAGCCUAGUUGCCAAAGUUAAACAUGCAUUAGGAAAAGCAUCUUUCACGAAGCUUCAAUCUUCCUUCCUUGGGCACAUCAUCGAACUUUCAGCCAGAGACAUCAGAUUUUCUGGGAAAAUAUUCCACUACUUGAUGCUGAGAAGGCUGAAGACAAGAGGGAGAAACUUAUGGUUUACAGUGGACAUGCAACCUCUUCGGUUCUCCUUGAGAGAGUUCUUCCUUACAACAGGGAUUCAAUGCGAACCUAUUCAUAGAGAACCAAGGAAUAACGGCAAAGAUCCAAUUAGUGAACCAUAUUCUUGGGCGGUGAGAGGAGAUUACACUUUAACUCAACUUCAAUAUCGACUAUUUAAUGAACCGGAAGAGGGUGAAGAACCUUUGGAUGACAAGGAAAAGGAAUGCCUCGCUGCAGUGGUAUUAACAGAAGGUAUUUUGAUGACACCAUAUUCAUUAGAGAAGAUACCUCUGUCUAGGCUUAAGCAUGCAUCGGAUUUCGAGAUGUAUACAGCCCAACCAUGGGGCAAGGAAGCGUAUAACAUUCUCGCCACAUGCAUUCAGAAAUUCGAUAAAGAUUCUUGGUCAAAAGGUCAGUAUAGUGUCAAGGGAUUUCCCAUGGCAUUAUAUAUAUGGGCCUUGAGUGCUGUUCCAAUUUUUGGUGAUACAUUUGCGAGAAGAUGUAAUUUUUCCAGAACAUUUUAUCCACUGAUUCUCAACUGGCAAUCAAGUCGAUAUACAAGGUUUGAUGAUAUUGUUGAAGCUAUUAAGAAAGCAACUUGUGUUGAAGUCAAAACAAUAAUUGGAGAUCCACAAGAAUAUAAGCAUUUGGUUGAUAAAGAUGACAAUGAUUUUGAAGAAGUUAUUGGCUUGGUUAUGAAAGGCUAUAGGUUGAAGAAAGAAGAAUGGUCUUCUAGAUUAGUUGAUAUUUACUAUGCUUUGGGAGAGUUGGGUGACAAAAUGGGGGAAAAAUUGCCAGUCUUUGAGAAACAAGAGAAAAUGGAGAAAAAUUUGUCAGAUUCAGAAAAACUUGACAUAAUCCUCUUUAUGUUAGAUGACUUCAACAAAAGACUAGAAGCCAUUGAAGAAGCUGUCAAAACCACAUCAGGGGAAGAUAAGGAUAAAGGAUCUCACGAAGAUGAAGAUGGACAGAAUAGAAAUGAAGAGGUUAUAAAUGAAGAGGCUGGCAAACAAAAUGUUGAUGGAGAUAUUGCUAGAGAAGAUUUCGUAGAAAGCCAGUCUGCAGAUAAUAAAGUCUUUUUCUCCCAUCAUUGCAGAUGCUUGGCGAUGACUAACAUUCCUUAAAGCAGAGUCACAGCUGUGCUGACUAAUAUACUUUCGAACAACAAAGCUAUCUGAUGCUUUAGCCUUAGUUGCACGUAGCCUCCAACUACAUUUUUCAUCAAUACAUUUAAGAACAUACCUCUUGUUGUCUGACUUAAAAGUAUGAAACUCAAAACUAUGCUUGACUGCAUACAUCCGCAUCUGACUUCUCAUUUCUGUUUUGUCUUUGAAUAACUUUCCACAAAACAGUGAAUCAACAUCGAUUAGACCAGUUGAGUGUGAAGAACCAGAUGGAUACCCAACAGAGGUUGUCAUGUUACGAGGAACACC